AUGCUUCGUCUUACCGCUUUCUGCGCUACACUUAUUUCAUUAUCUUAUUCAAUCCCCGUUGAUAACGGUGUCGAAGGUGAGCCGGAAAUUGAAUGUGGACCAACUUCGAUAACCAUCAACUUCAAUACACGUAAUGCAUUCGAAGGACAUGUCUACGUGAAAGGUCUUUAUGAUCAAGAAGGUUGCCACAACGAUGAAGGUGGACGUCAGGUUGCUGGAAUUUCACUUCCCUUCGAUUCUUGCAAUGUUGCGCGUACACGAUCUCUCAAUCCACGAGGUAUCUUUGUAACGACCACUGUUGUAAUCUCUUUUCAUCCACUGUUCGUUACAAAAAUUGACCGUGCAUAUCGAGUACAAUGUUUUUAUAUGGAAGCCGACAAAACGGUCAGCACCCAAAUCGAGGUGUCUGAAAUCACAACUGCUUUUCAAACUCAGAUUGUACCCAUGCCUGUUUGUCGAUAUGAGAUCCUGGAUGGUGGACCAACCGGACAACCAAUUCAAUUUGCUACUAUUGGCCAGCCAGUAUAUCACAAAUGGACCUGCGAUUCUGAAACAGUUGAUACGUUUUGCGCAGUUGUCCAUUCUUGCUUUGUGGAUGAUGGUAACGGUGAUACGGUGGAAAUUCUAAACGCAGACGGUUGUGCUCUCGAUAAAUACUUGUUAAACAAUUUGGAAUAUCCAACAGAUCUCAUGGCUGGACAAGAAGCGCACGUAUACAAAUAUGCAGAUCGAUCACAGCUUUUCUACCAGUGCCAGAUCAGUAUUACCAUUAAAGAACCAAACAGCGAAUGUGCUCGACCGCAAUGUUCAGAGCCUCAGGGAUUUGGAGCUGUAAAAACGAGCGGCACCGCAGUAAAACCUGCAGCAGCUGCCCAACUCCGUUUGCUCAAGAAAAGGUCUGCGGAGCCGGAGAACAUCGUUGACGUGCGAACUGAUAUCAGUGCCCUUGAAAUUAGCGAAGACAAUCAGGCUCUACCAGUUGAUUUGCGUCAUCGUGCACGUUUGCAUCUCGGUGGACAAUCAAUGGUACUUGCUGCGGUACAAAAUGGAAUUUGCAUGUCACCAUUCGGUUUCUCAAUGUUUAUGGGUUUGAGUAUUGCAUUGAUUGCUGCCGUUAUCAUCACCAUUUCCUUUAAAUUUCGCCCAAUGCAAAAAGCAUGA